AUGAUCCGUGAACUCCCUAUGAGACGGAGAGACGUCAAGAGACACGUUGCCAAGUACUCGCCGCAGCUCGGGCCGGUACUUGAUUCUAUCCUGGAGCUACUGAUACCCGCCCUGUACCUGGUCGUCUAUGCUCGUUCCCCAGUCGAGCUUACGCCAAUCAUCUCGGCCCUUGCUGAUCUGCUGUCCACCGACCGCCUCAACUUGGGAUGCCUCUUACAGCCUACGCACACCAUCUCAUUUGAACGCCUACGACGGUUCCAUAUGCACCUUGCCGAAGCUAUCUGA